AUGGAGAAAACAUGGACAUCCUAUGCUGUCUAUUCCAUCAUCCAGAUAUUUUUUGUCAUGGGAGUGUGGGAAGAAAGAACUAACGUAGGAGAAGACAUUUAUGUCCUUCCUGGCUCUGAUGUCAACCUAACCUGCCAAACACAAAAAAAAGCCUUUGUGAUACAGAUGCAGUGGUCCAAGGUCACCAAUAAGGUGAACCUGAUUGCCCUUUAUCACCCUCAACACGGAUUCUACUGUGGCAGUAAGAAGCCCUGCGACACACUGGUGGCAUUCAGAGAAACACCUGACAAUGUGUUAAAAUGGACUUUGCACUUAAGGAAUGUGUCUUCCUCGCUCAGCGGAAAGUAUGAGUGCAGCUUUACUCUGUAUCCAGAGGGCACUUGGAUUAAAAUCUACAACCUUCUCAUUCAGAAACAUGUUGCACCGAAUGAGUGGCAAAGUAGUCAUACAAUAGAAAUAGAGACAAAUCAAACUCUGAAAAUACCAUGCUUUCAAAACAUCUCCUCAGAAAUUUCAUCUGCUUUCACCUUUACAUGGUUGGCGGAAAAUUCUGCAAGCUUAUUGUGGGUAUCUCAAAACACCCUGAGUCUGGGAAUAAAGGAAAAGAAUGGAACUCAGAAAACGAUUAUCACUCAAGAUCACAUCAUCAACAAUUUCACAUUUUUUAAAGACAGAAUCAAGUUAGGUACAGACUAUGAACUCUGCCUCUCUCCAGUACAAAUUGGCGAUGAUGAUUGGAAAUUCUCUUGCCAUGCUACAGUCAGGCCUGGGAACAUCUUGAGGAGCACCACCACCGUCAAAGUUUUUGCUAAGCCAGAAAUCCCGGUGAUUGCGGAAAAUAACUCCAUGGAUGGCUUGGGAAAGAGAACAUUUACCUGUUCAGUGAAGAAUGUAUUUCCCACAGCAAAUCUCACAUGGUUUCUAGAUGGAGAAUCUCUUCAAGGUGAAAAAGAAGCAAUAUAUAUUACCAAUGAAGAGAGAAAAGACAAAGGCGGAUAUUUGGAACUGAAGUCUGUUUUGACAAAGGUGUUCAUUAAUGAAACAGCCCAAAUGAACAACCUGACCAUCUGGUGUAAAGCUCUGUUUCCAGUCCCUGGGAAUAAAGUAUGGAGUCUCUCAUCCGAAAAGAUCUACUUUUCAUUAGGUUCUGUGACUCCUCCAACAGAUCCUCCACCCAAUGUUAUGGAAUCUACUCUAACUGCUCAAUCUUAUCCAGCCAGCAGCAUUUCAUCUACAAGAUAUCCGGCUACAUCUUCAAUAACCCCUGUAGUUGUAAGCACCUCAACUCGAAACUCCACUUCUCAAACCAGCAAUUCCAGUGUGACUACGCAAGGCUUCAACCACUCAUGGACCUCCAGGGGAAAAGAUGAUGAGCAAACAGUUUCAUGGAUACCCAGUGAAACAUAUAGAUUAUCCUCUUCAGGGGCAGAGUCAACACUUCAUGGUAAAAUCUUCACCAGCACAACCAGAAUUUCAAAAGUCCCCACAACUGCCCAUGGAUUUACUAAAAAUAACCAUAUUUACAUAUCAGGUACUGAGAUUAAUAAGCACAAAGAUGGAAUGCCUUGGCCAGUGACUGUUGCAACUUUGCUUUUUUUCUGCAUGGUAUGCUUUGGCCUGGGCCUGAGAAAAUGGUGUCAAUAUCAGAAAGAAAUCAUGGAAAGACCCCCACCUUUCAAACCUCCGCCACCUCCUAUCAAGUACACAUGCAUUCAAGAGCCUAUGGGAAGCCAUGUGCCUUAUCAUGAGAUGGAGACGCUCUAG